AUGGAAGACCACAGUAGUAGCAUGACUGACAAUUCUUUACAAAAGCUCUUUAAAGGUCAAACACUUAUAUCCUCAUACUUUACUAGUAUGUCCAAAGAGGUUACACAGGUUUCAGUCCAAUCAGACUCCAAUCAGACACAAAUUGAAGCUCAAAUUCAACCAAAAGAAACUGCCGAAGUCGAACAAACUACAGAAGCUCAAGUUGUUUCAGUCCAAUCAGACUCCAAUCAGACACAAAUUGAAGCUCAAAUUCAACCAAAAGAAACUGCCGAAGUCGAACAAACUACAGAAGCUCAA